AUGACCCUCCGUGUGGCAGCUCGUCAUCUGGGUCAGCCCGCGGCGCUCCCAUCGUCAGUCCUUGCCCUGCGGCUGGGACCUGCAGUACAAGUUCGUCAUAAAUGGAGUCUCGGCAGCUUGUUUGGAGGCAAGGGCGCGAAAAACGAUAAAGGCCCAGGCAUUGGCUCUGAUCUCGACAACCCGGAAGUACGCAAACGGUUCCUCAAAGCCUCGAAGCCCAAGACCCGCCCCGCAGCAGACGAACCAGCCGGAGUUUUCGCGGACGAACUUCAAGAAGCCGAGAAGGAGACGGCGCAGUCGCUGUCACGAGACGGUUCUGGAGUCCCCGAGAACGCACCACAGUCCUUCGAGGAACAGCUCGAGGUAGCAAGGCGGGAAGCUCUUACGCACGAAGGCACGCACAUAGCCAUCGACCCCGAUCCAGCUUCGCGCGUCCAAUGGCAGCGGCGCAAGGUUAUCCAAAUGGUCCGGCGGCGGGGUGUGCUCACACCGCAAGAGCGCAUCAAAAUGACGGAGCGUGAGCUGUUGCACAAAAGUGCCUGGUUGCCGACGAGCACCAAGAAGCUUGUCAUGCUGUCUCGUCAAAUCGCAGGCAAGACUGUGGACGAUGCGAUUACGCAGAUGCAGUGGUCCAAGAAGAAGAUGGCCCGCGAAAUCAAGUGGUACCUCGAACAGGCACGCGACCUGGCCAUCACGCAGCAAGGCAUGGGCCUGGGUCGGGUUAACGGAGAACUUCUCAAACAGCCCAAGAAGAUCCAGACAAAAGAUGGGACCUGGAUGGAGAUUCGUGACCCAACGCGAAUGUACGUUGCCCAAUCGUGGGUCGGCCGAGGCGAUUGGCGCGGGAAACACACGGAUAUCAAGGGUCGCGGACGAAUGGGUAUCAUCCAAAAUCCCAAAGCUAGUUUCACCGUCAUCCUGAAGGAAGAGAGGACCAGGAUACGAGAAUAUCAGGAGCGUGAAGCUAAAAAGCUCGCAGAAGGUCCCUGGGUACACCUACCAAACAGGAAGGUCUACGGCCAAAGACCUUACUAUUCGUGGUAG